UUUUUUUUUAAAUCAAUAGAGUCGGUCCUUUUUGUAUCUAUUAUACAUCUUUUUUUUUUAUUAUUAUUAUCUUCAAAUGUCACACACCAAAACUAGAUCUCAACAGAAUCAGCUAACUGACUCUAAUCAAAGUGAUGCGCCAAUUACUCGAAGAUCAGGAAGACCAUCAUCAUCAAUACAGCCAUCUUCCAAUUUGAUCAAACCGACGGAUAUAAAGAAUAGGUCAUCUGGAUCAGCAGCAAAGUCUACUACGGCGAAGAAAUCUCAAAUGGUCAGUGAUGGUGAGAAAACAGAGUCAAAGGAUAAUACUCUAGAUCAACCACGACGCCGAUCACGACGACGACGACAACAGCGUCAAACACAACAAGAUGAUGAUGAUGACGAUGAUGAUGACGAUGAUGAUGAUGACAACGACGAGCAAAUUUCUGAAACAACUGAUUCGUCCACAAAUCAAGAUGAUAGUCCAAUGUUAUCAUCAAGAAAAGACACAAGGAAGGAUAUGAUUGGUAAAAAACUGGCUGAUUUAGAUAAACUGGAAAACUUGAUCAAGGACCAAUCACAUACUCAAUACAAGCAUCUACUGGCUGCCCUGGAAGAAAAACGAAGUCAACAAAAGGCCAAUGCUGAAUGUCGACGAGCCCUAUUACAAUCCAAUCUUCUCGAAGAGUUUAUUGCUCUACAAAAGACGGCAAACGAUGAAUUUCAGCUGACCAAAUUAGCAACUCGAAAGGCAAUGAUGAUGGAAUUGCAACGGAAAAUCGAUGUCUUGGAAUAUGAACAUAGUGUUCAAGUCAGUCAAGGCUCUCCAGAAGAUGAUCAACAACUACAUUGGGUACCACCUGAAAGGCCAUCUGUCAUCAAUAUCUUUUUUUUUAUUUUUAUUUUUUAUAUAUAUACAUAUUCACUUAUUUAUUUAUUUAAAUCCUUAACCAUUUUGAUCCAAUACGUUCAUUAACUCUAGGUGCGACAGAAGAUGACAUUAACACAGAUUUGGAACAACUUCGACCGCAAUUGGAUAUAUUGAAAACGAAAGAAUCAUCGUCAUCGUCACCAACAAUAAACGGUAUCAGUGGAACGAAACGACCAUGGAUAGACUCACAACAAUGAAC